CAUCAAUAUAUACACAAGCAAAGUAGAAGUUAAGCAACUACUCAACACACAUUAGAAAAAUGGAGAUGGAGAAGUUGGAGAAAGAAAUGAAGCAAUCAAAGUUUAAGAAAAUUUGUGUGUUUUGUGGUAGUAGUCCUGGCAAAAAGAGUGGCUAUAAAGAGGCUGCAGUUGAGCUUGGGAAAGAACUUGUAUCAAGAAAUAUAGACUUAGUUUAUGGAGGAGGAAGUAUUGGCUUGAUGGGAUUGGUCUCUCAAGCAGUUUACAGUGGUGGUCGUCAUGUCCUUGGAGUGAUUCCAAGGACACUCAUGCCUAGAGAGAUAACUGGUGAAACAGUAGGAGAGGUAAAAGCAGUUGCAGAUAUGCACCAGAGGAAAGCAGAGAUGGCCAAACAUUCUGAUGCUUUUAUAGCUUUACCUGGUGGAUAUGGAACUCUAGAAGAGCUUCUUGAAGUCAUUGCUUGGUCUCAACUUGGAAUUCAUGACAAACCAGUAGGACUAUUGAAUGUUGAUGGUUACUAUAAUUCCCUUUUAGCCUUCAUAGACAAAGCAGUGGAGGAAGGUUUCAUCUGCCCUAACGCGCGCCAAAUCUUUGUAUCCGCGCCUACUGCUAAGGAACUUAUAAAUAAACUCGAGGACUACUUUCCUAGUCAAGAAAAUGUUGCAUCAAAACUUAAUUGGGAAAAAGAGGAGAUAGAAGAGUAUAUUCCUCCACCAAAUGGAAGAUGCCAUCAAGCUAGUUUAACAUAAAUGUUAAAAAAAGAUCAAAGUUUAGGGGGAGAAAUUAAAAUCAGCAGUUUAUAAUAUAUAGUAAUUUAGACUGCAGAAACAAGUGCUCAAACAACAUUAUUUCUCUGUUUGAGGAUUUUCAAUUGACAUUGUAUCAUGGAAUAGGGAUAGUGUCAAUUCUCUUUUAUUUAUGCAAAUUGUGUUAGUACUUCUCCAUUUAUAUUAUUUGUCUACGGAUUCAACAGAAUUCAAUAGUUUUGACUCAAA